CGAAAGAAGGUUACAGCAGCGAGCGAUAAGAGACAGUGAGCACCAGUACAGGAACGAGGUGGGAAGACCAGGAGUUCGUCACAAUAUUUCAUUGUGAACAGUCACAGGAAGAAUACUUGUGCUACACGGAGUAAAUACGUUAACAAACUUAACCUAUUCGUUUGAUAUUUUGUUUGCUUCACAUACCAGCUAUUAGAAAACAUAUUAGGAUUUGUUGUUUUUACUUUCAACAGCUCCUUUUCGGAGCGAAAAAGCGUGUAUCAUCUUUAUAUUCCUUCGUUUUAUUUUCUUUACGUUGAGUUUUGCGACUCAAAUAUAAUAACAGCAAGAAUAUGAGAGCACAAAUUGAAGUAAUACCCUGCAAGAUCUGUGGGGACAAGUCAUCAGGGAUCCACUAUGGUGUAAUCACCUGCGAAGGCUGCAAGGGCUUCUUCCGACGCAGCCAGCAGAACAAUGCUAUAUACUCCUGUUCCCGGCAGAGGAACUGUCUGAUUGACCGCACCAAUCGGAAUCGCUGCCAACACUGCCGGCUGCAGAAGUGCCUGGCCCUAGGCAUGAGCCGUGAUGCGGUGAAGUUUGGCCGCAUGUCCAAGAAGCAGAGAGACAGCCUGUAUGCUGAGGUCCAGAAGCACCAGGCAUCCCAGGAGUUAACUGCCGCCCGUGAGGAGGGAGGCGAGGUCGGAGGUCACAGCCGGGCAUACAGCAGAGGCUCCAGUGCCGCCCUCAGCGACCUUGAUGACAUCACCUUGCCAGACGGCCUGCUGUGUGACCUGCCCCUGACACCAGAGGGCGCUGAAAGAGAGUACUGCAAUCUGGAAAUUAUGGGGGGAAGCGGGGGUAGCAGCUCCUCCUCUCAAAGCUCGCCCGAACAGAACGGACUGGACUUCGGAGACAGCAACCACCACAUCAAGCACGAGUACCAACUGCUGCACGAGUCCGGCCUGUUCACACACGCGCUGCUCAACCCUCUACCCGAGGGAUUCUCCAUGCUCGAGAUCGAACGUAUAACUGCUAGUGUGGUAAAGUCUCACAUAGAGACCAGUCAGCAUGGCAGUGAGGAGCUGAAGAGGCUUGUCUGGUCCCUGUACACUCCUGAGGAGACACGCAGCUUCCAGAGCAAGUCUGCGGAGGUCAUGUGGCAGCAGUGUGCCAUCCACCUCACCAAUGCCAUCCAGUACGUGGUGGAGUUUGCCAAGCGCAUCAAUGGAUUCCUGGAUCUCUGUCAGAACGACCAGGUCAUUCUUCUCAAAGCAGCAUCCUUUGUCCCCCUUUUCUCCCUUUUCCUCUUCCUCUCCAUCUUUACGGUCUCCUCUUCAGGAUGUCUGGAUGUGCUUCUGAUUCGCAUGUGUCGAGCCUACAACCCCAUCAACAACACUAUUCUGUUUGAUAGCAAGUUUGCUAGCGUACAGACCUUCAAAGCUCUUGGUUGUGAUGACCUUGUGGGUGCUGUGUUUGACCUGGCCAAGAGCCUGAGUCGUAUGCAGCUCUCUGAAGAGGAGAUGGCUCUGUUCAGUGCUUCUGUUCUCCUGUCACCAGACCGACCAUGGUUGACAGACAGGCAACAGGUACAGAAGCUUCAAGAGAAAGUAUAUCUGGCUCUGCAACAUUGUCUACACAGAGGUGGCUCAUCAGAGGAGAAACUGGCAAAGAUGGUGUCCAAGCUUCCCAUGAUGAAGUCCAUCUGCAAUCUCCACAUUGACAAGCUCGAGUUUUUCAGUCUGCUCCACCCGGAGACUGCAUACAAUUUCCCCCCUCUGUACCGUGAGGUGUUCAGCAGUGAAAUCACCUUCCCAGACUCCACAAUGGACUAAAAAUCUGUUUAGAUAUGAAAGUGAUUCAUAUAGAGACAAAAAGAUGUAGGGAACGAGAGGUAGGGAGAGGAAUGUGGCAACAGCGAAGUAACCAGCAGCUCUGUGACAACCCUGCACGCUACACUUUAGGACAUACUACUCUCACCUCAGACCUCCACCCUAUGGAGUUGCUUGGACUGUAAGCCAGUCCAGGCCACAAAAUUCAAUACUAGGUGCUGGGUACUAUAUGCAUGCUGCCUAUUUUGGGGGGAGUAAAACGGUUCUGAGAAUGUAUUUUUGCAAUCUCAGAUGGUUUUUCUAAGAGCUUUGAGAUUUCCCUUAAGCAGAAGUCCUCUGUAAAACCAGUUUGACUUCUUUUCCAGUUCUCAAUGUCCUUGUAAGAUAAUCUUGAAUGUACCCCACAGACAUGCAGCACAGCCCAAGGCAUGAGACUGAAUGUACUAUACAAUCCUGCCCCAUUGGAGGAGAUGCUGUGUAGUCUCUUUUUUAUCUUAUUGCAGUUUGACAGCUGCAUUUUUUUUCUCCAGUUUCUUAUUUGGUAGUGCCCAUACUUUGCCGUUUUGUAUCCUAUGAACAAACUGUUUAAAGGGACCAAGAUCAAAUGGAUAAGUGGGCACAUUUUUUUGCAUGCAAGACAUGGACGAUGCAACUAUUACCAUGCAUGCAGACUUGCACACACAGCACUAAGACAAAGCACUUAUGCUGACCUAUACAUGUAUUUUUACAGGCACACAUUCAGACACUGAUAUUUUUCAGCUCGACUUACAUUUUUUAGGUGCAAUCAAAGACCUCAGUCCCACUACAUUUUCCCUUGCAAAUGCCACUUAGAGAGAGAGCAAGAGAGAAGAAUCACAUAAGUAUUUUUAAAUGUUCUUUAACUAUACACUUAUAUUUACUCAUGUGAAAAUAAAAUUAGACAGAGAUUUAAAUAUAUAUAUAUUGAGAGGGAGGGAGAGGGGGAGAUGUAUAAUACGUAAAAAUUAUUCAGGUUGUUAUUGUAAAAGAGAAUGUGUUAUCAAUGACUCACCUGGUUAAAUAAAGGCAAAUAAAUAAAUAGAUUCGCCAGUACAGCGUCUUUCAAAGUAUUUCUGGUCAUAUUCCGGGGUACUGGGAUGGAAAAUUAUUAGAUGAAUAGCACUUACCGACAAUGAGCCCUCUCUCACCGAAUCUGGACCCUUUUCUCGUGCUACAAAUAAUUUCAGGGUUCCAGCUCAGAGACUGACGAUUGUCCUCCUGAAACUGACAGAAGUGGGACAUCCUCCUGCCUCAGACAGGCAGGACUAAAGCAACUGAGGUAGAGUUCCCCAGGAAAUGAAGGAUAUUUCCCAUCCCUCAAACCAGGGGUCUCUAGGUCCAAUACAAGACUUUGUUCAAGAGGGAAAGGAAGCAGAUGAUAAGAAGAAAACAAAUAGGUGGUGAAAACACUUUCCAGUGCUCCCACCUGGGCACCAACAACAAUUUGGAAGGGGUGUUUAGAGUUUGACCUUUGACUAGUAUGGGGAAGGUGGGGACUCAUGCUCCCCCUGUAUGUUUUUAGGCAGUCUACUGUUUCAGACUGAACUGAAAGUGUGAUGAUUUGUUAAUGAUGCCUUCUCUCCCUAACCCUCCCCCGUCUACCUCACCCUCUCAAAAAACACUCACGGCAUAAUGAAGGGUUAACAGAGCCAUCAGCUACCCCCCAGAGUUAGGGAUUUCAACAUUUAGAUUAUAGAGUAUUUGAGAUGUCAUAAUUUAUAAUGCAAUUUGAAGGAUGAUGAUAUAGUACAAAAAUAUGUAUUUUAUGUUUAUAUAUUUUUCCACACUGUUUAUUUGGGAGCAUUAAAUCUGCCCCUCUGUCUUCAAUGAGAGCGCAGAUUUGUAUUAAUCUAUACUAGGAAGUCAAAGUUAGAUUUAACAUCUCUUUUUAGGGAGAGGGACAUUGGGUGUGGCAGGAUAUUACUUUUGAACUAUUCUUAAAGGGGCUUUUCGGAUUUCAAAAAACUCUCAACACCCUCAGUACAAAGCUUGUACAUAGACAAGCUGCAGUGUGAAAGGUUUGGUCAGAGCAGAAUACUUGUAUUACUUUUACCACAAUAAGAGAGAAUCACUUACGGGCCUUGAAUAUUUUCUGUCCAAUUAUAUUUCAAUAAUCAUAUGUUUCACUUUGCAAUGCUGGAACAGUGCGGUUCUUCAUACUGUAUAUAUAAAAGUAGUUGGUAUUUAGGGGGAUACACUUUUCUGGGAGCUUACAACCAUGUCAUAUUGGGACUGUGCAAUAAUGUCUUUCCCGAUUUCAGUUAGGAAGGUCUAAACAGCCCUGUUUAGAUGUCUCAGUAGACUUCAUAAGCACUCCAGCCUGAGACCCCUUAAAAGUACAGCACAAGAGGUUUUUAAUUCUCUCAACAUAACAACACCCAACUUUUACACAGAACUAGUUUAACUGACUUGAGUUUAUGGUUCGUAAGGCAGAGGGGAUUCUAUUAAGUGAAAUGCUUUGUAAGUGUUUAGAACUUAGAUGGUUAUGUAUUUGCACACCUAAAACUGCCUUUUCUUUCUUUUAAGGCAGUUCGCAAGGUGUGCAGUUACAUUUCCUCUCAGUCACUCAGGGAGAUAGCUGGGCUCUCUGUUCCAGUGUUUUUGUCAGUUAGCCUAGUCUGACACCUUGCGCGGAAUAGAAGACCUUAAAACCUUGAUCACCGUGUACAUGUUCUUGUGAAUGUUGAUCACAAAAGUAUCAAAGGUUUGAUCCCAGUCUAAUAUCAAUAUUAUUACAGGACUUUUGAGCCUACAUUUUUGAAUAAAUAGGAUCUAAAAUGUAAUUACAUUUAAAGAUGGAUUUUAAUCUAUGUACCCUGUGUUGGUUUUGUUGUGAUCUUUUGUUUCUUAAUUUCUAUCGUUGUCUGUCAUAUUUUUUCUCAUCAGUUUAGUGUCCUCCUUUUUGUCUUGGAGAGUUGUUAUUCUAUUUUUUCAAUAAUAUCUCCCUAAAGGUUCCUCUCUUUUCAUGAUACUUCUAUUUAUCAUGUUUUCAUUCUAUUUUAAGAUGAUUAUUGAAAUCAAUAUGGAUUUUUAAAAUAUAUAAUUUAGAAUAUAUUAUGAAUAUGAAGCCUAUGGGUAUUUUUUAACACAUUAAAGAGUUCUUGUUGUAGCUACAAUGGAGACACAAUAUGUGGAUUUAAGAAUGUAAUAAAAGUCAUUUUACAAUAA